UGAACAAUAUUUAAAUUAACAAAAGUAGCCAUUAUAAAUGACAAUAGGAUAAAUAUAGCCUUAAAAUUACAUUAAUAAAUUUAACAUAGCCCAAUUCGAUUUGCUCAGGAACAAGUAAAACAUGUAAACAAGAUGAAGCUGUUCUCGGUGGGUACACGAGCACUGAACGGCCGCUGAUGGCCUGGAGCUCACAUCUCCAAAAGCGUCUAAUCAAAUUAUAAAAUAGGCGCUAUGAUUAAAUAUGAAUCACAUAUUUCAGGUCUAAGCAACUACAUUCUCACCUAAAAAACUCUUUAAACUACAGUUCGUGGUACAACAAGUGUAGUAUUUGUAAAAAAAUAUGGUGGAUUUGCUCGACCGCCAUGACAGUCGCUUCAAGCGGAGUGAUACAAACGGUGAAAGGACUGCUGUUAUCACUAGAAUAUUGCACGGCUCUCAGCCAAUCACAUUCGAGAACCAGAUAGAACUGUUGUAAAAAUAUGUAUAUAGGUGAUUUUUUUGUCAGUUCCACUCAAGUUCACACAUAUGUCAUUUAUCAAUAAUAUCUUACAAUUUUUAACAUUCAACUUUGACAGCUUUUCUUUUUAAUCCAAUAGGCUUUUCUUAGAAAUGAUUUGCAUAAUCAGAUGCAGAUGCAUUCUAGCAUUUGAUUGGACAAAAAUCUGAGUAGUGCAGGAUGAGUCAUCAGUAUUUUUGGUCCCAAAAGAGAAGAUUGUGAAAGUGAAUUUAGUCAAUAAUUAUAUAAUCCCAAAGUUAAAACAGAAAACUUUCAUUUUUAUUGCAGUCAUCUAUAGAUUUAUAAUUUAAAGUAAACUUCUUUUAGUGAAAUCUUUGCUUGAGAAGUGUGCAUAAAAUGAUUUGUUGUGGUGCAGUGACAUUCAAACGUCCUUUUACUUUCUUUGUAUCUUCCAGGUUCUAUAUCCAGGUAACAUUAGCCUACUUUGUAGGAGAAAUCAAUACAUGUUUUUUUUCAUUUAAAGUAAGCAUAACACUCUGAGUAAACUGUAGGGUAAUAAGCGCUGGAUUCUUCCAAUAAAGACCCAGUUUUGGAUUGGGGAGGAUGAGACCGAAGCCUUAAGCGGUUUGUGCUGUGGUAAUAUCGUGUGCUAUUUUUUCACCAGCGGAAAUCAGUUUGAUUGUUGCUCGAGAGCAGAUCGCGCCGAGAAGCCGCAGCGGAGAUGCUGGCGCUGUUCUCUCCUCCGCGCGUCGUGCUCAUGUUCCUGCCGUGAACAUCACGGGUUUAAUGCUAUGAAACCUCCGUCCUGACAGCAUUUAUUCACUCUGUGCCUCGGUGCCGAAAUGCAGGAGCGGAUGAAGAGCCACGGAGCGGCGGCGCUGCUGACCCUGUGCGCGAUCCUCGAGUGCAUAGAAGCAAAGAAGUAUUGCUGGUAUUUUGAAGGAGGAUACCCCAUCUAUUUCAUAUGCCGCUCGUACGAGGACUGCUGUGGGACGCGCUGCUGCGUCAGAGCCCUGUCCAUCCAGAGGCUCUGGUACUUCUGGCUGCUGCUGAUGAUGGGCGUGCUCUUCUGCUGCGGCGCAGGCUUCUUCAUUCGCCGGCGGAUGUAUCCGUCUCCGCUCAGCGAGGAACCUGCCUUUAACGUGUCCUUCACCAGACAGCCUGUCAGCACGCCAGUCUCCCAACAACCGGGCAUACAAGGCUACACUGACCCCUGCGGCGCCAUGACAACGACCCUGGCCCCUGCCUACCCCGGUCAGACCGCUCCAGCACACAUGGUGAGCUCGUACCCUCCGCCGCCCUCCUACUGCAAUCACCCGCCGCCCUCGUACGAGCAGGUCUUCAAGAGCGCAGAGAAGAAGAUCCACAGCGAACCAUCACAGUGAGCAUAAAACGCCCCAAAGCCUUGAAGAGGGUCUCGAGAAACGGUUCUUUUUAUUUGCUUGUUUUCAGGACGGCUCUUUCUUGCCUGUUCCCUGUUGUAUUGAUUGAUAGGAGCGCUACGGAGGGGCAACAAAGAGAACGCGUCCUGAUGGGAUGUGGGAUUUCAAACGAAAGAAGAAAUGGACUUCUCUACCUGACAGAGCUUUGAAGAACCUGUCAGGAUGUGAAGAUUUCUUUGAAAAGUGUGUAUUCUGCGAGAGGUCGUGUUGGGCUGAAGCGGACCUUGGUCACAACGAUCCGAGGUGGAAGCGACCCUUGACCUACAGGAGAACAGGUGCUCCCAAAUCAGCCAUGGAAACCAACACAUGACAACAACCCCGUCGCCCAACCUUACUUAAGAGCCCAAAAAGCAGGGAGUCGCGUACUGUAGACAUUGAUUCAUGCGGUUUAGUCUAGCAGGAAACUGCUUUGUUCCAAUCUAAAUGGUUUAAUGGGUCAAGAAACUCUUUUAUGGGUAGAAAUUUGAAAUAGAUGAUGAACUCACAUGGAGUGAGUCUAUUGAAGCCAUGUUAACCGUUCACAGAGGGCGAAAGGGAAAUCUGUUCACAUCUUUUCUGCUUCAUUACACCCAUAGUGCCCUGUUUUUGUGGAUGGGCUGGGAAAUUGCAAAGGCUCAUUUUAGGUUAAAUGUCUCGUUUUGUUAGAGAGAGUUCACUGGCCCUCUGUGAGAUACUCGUCAGUUUAUCUGUGCAGAUUAAUUAUUGUCAUUGAAAUAUGUGCAGAUGAACGAUAAGGCUUUACCCCAAUGAGAAAUAUAUAUGAAGUUUAUAGUAUUAUUUGGAGGGAGUGAUGCUUGAAGACAGCUCUGGUCAGGAUCAGUCUAAUUAGUUCUAAACCUCUUCAUUAGCUUGUAAAGGGAUAAAAUGUGAGGCAAAAGCCACGUUUCCACCGCAGGAACUUUCCCCAGGAACUAGGGACUUUGGGGGUGGUACUCGGUGUGUUUCGACCACAGGGACCAGGAUCCGAAUGAAGUUCUGCGUAAAAAUUUCCCACUCAGAAAGUCCCUGCUCACGAGGUAGUUCUUUUUCAAAGUUCAGGAACUUUUGGGGGUGGGACUUGGGCACUGAACAUGCUGAUUGGUUGACUCCACGCAGCAUUUUAUUUCAACCACCAUUUUUAAAAGUCUGUUGCGGUGUGUGCAGUAAGAGUUGUUUGCUGUUAAAAUCAACAAUGGAGAUUAAAAAUAUGACCGAUGGACCGACGACGAGGUUCAGGCUUUAUUAAGCUUAUAUGCGGAGGACGAAAUCUAGCGGGUACUUGAAAGUCGCGCGCAGUCCUACGUCACCAGACUAAUCUUCACGGUACUUUAGACUGCGAUGGAAACGCAGACAGCAACAGGUCUGCGGGAAAAAAGUUCCUGGGACAAAUUUCGGUGGAAACGAGGCUAAACAGCCACAUUUGCAAUGAUGACAGUACUUUUUCAUGCAUAUAGCAGACACUAUAUUUAAAGUGACAAAAGCAAUUCUUCAAGGAGCCAACAAUAUUUGUAAUAUACAAUGUUGGGUUUAUUUGACAACUGUUUAUAGGACAUGUUUUGUUUUCAAAUAGUUAUUUCACAUGCAGAUGGGUGAAUCUCUUGAAAAUUGUCAAGAAAUGUCUGUCACAUUUAAACCCUAAAUUAAAUUACAUCAAAUUAAAAAUAAGAAAUUAUAAUUUGCAUGAAUAAAAUGAAGCCUUGACCAUUAAGGAACCUUUUGUUGUUGCUGUUGUUGAUGGCAAUUAACCUUAAAAUAGUACAUUAACCCUCUGGUGCUCUUCGGUCAUUUUCAAAAAAUAUUUACUUUUUUUUUUUAUUACUAUAUGGUAAUGGUACAAAACUUGGUAAAGGUUAAAUGGUCCUGAAAACAAAUAGUCACACUUGUAUUGUUUACAGUCAAAAAUGAGCGCAUUGGAAAUAGAAUGAGAGAUGAAUUUCAUCCAGUGGAAGCGUUUGGUACUGCGCCCAAACAAAUUCUUACUGAAAGCUCAUUUUUUGAAAUAUCAACCUCAAAUUUAAAGUGAAACUCACAGUUUUAGAGUAAAACAAGUUUUGGAAUAUAUAUAUUUCAUAUAAAAUUUAAAAAUAGUGUUUUUAUGCAUUUGUCACAAUAAACGUAAAUUUCUAUAACUUUUUUGUUUCAUUUUUUAACUUUGAAGUUUGGUCUCUUUUUAAAGAAGACUUAAAAGCAUUCAAGAUUUACAACAGUUUAAGUCUAAAAUUUAAUUUUCAGGUCUAUACUCAAAAAGUGAUUAACAAGUAAUAAAUGGAUAAUAACUAUUCCAUAAAUAUAAUGUAGCACCAUAAAAUCCCCUAAAAAUAUUAAACAAAAAACAUUAUUGAACUUAAAUAUAGUACAUUAAUUUCAUUUCAAAACAAAUGGUCAUUUUUGACCACCACGUGAGCAGCACCAGAGGGUAAUAAUAAUUUGAGGGAAUCUGGUUAUCAAAAUGUAACGUCAAUAUACAAUUUCCCCAUUUUCUUAAUGUUUUGGUGAAAUAUGACCCAGACAUGUUCUUCAUAAGAUUCACCCACAUAUACUAAACUGCUGAUCAUUAUUUGAAAAAGUAUAUCAAAUUUCGAAGGCCAUUUCUGGAAGCCUAAAAAUGAAAUGUCAAUGUGGUCCUGCUGUCUCUAAUAUUAACUCAACAUGUGAUUUAUUAAGAACAGAGCAUAUGUGGAAAAAAACAACCUGACUGUAAAGUUGCAUAUUUUGCAUAUUGGAUUCUUAUGAUUAAUAUUUUCAAUGCUGGCUGGUUUAUAUUCUUGAUGUUGUGACCGUGAAGGGAAUGUGCGUUUGAGAUCAGGAAUGUGAAUGUUAUGGCAUCACUCACAUUUAUACAAGAAUGACCACAGGUUGGUCUUUUGAUCUGAACAUGCAAAAUACAUAAACUGCAUUAUUUAGCCAUUUUCUCCCUAAUAGUGACUGAAAAACUGCCCAUCAUCAUUAGGUCCUGCUGUAUUUCAAGUACAUCCAAAAAGUGUUGUUUUUUUUGUAGUUGUGGUUAAAUUGUUAAUGUUUUAUUUUCCAUCUGCUUGAAGUUUAACUAUGCAAAGGAAGGAUGUGUCCAUUUGCUAAAUGUUUGAGUUUAACUGGUGUUUGGUUUAAUUCUCAUGAACUCAUGAUCGAAGAGAUGUUUAACUUUCAGCGUUGGUUCGAACACGACACUUUCAGGUGUCAAGGACAGCUGUGAAAUUUGAUGGUGUCAAACAGUUAAUGAUUACGCAUCUCCAGCGAGCGCUGUGAGCCGUCACUGUGACGCUGAUGGCGACCGUUUUCUUUAGUAAUUGCACUGUUACCUACACUGUCAUUGACACACCAGCAACCAUGUCAUAGUGAAACCUUUCAUUGUUCAUGACCUACUAUAAUAAAGUUCCCCUCUCUUUGAGACUUUUGGUAUACCUUUCA